GCACAACAAGACCCUGCGCAAUAUUCACCCAACUACCAUAAAACUUCAGCCUUUACAAGAUGAAGGCUGAUGACGUUGUCGGUUUGACAUCAUCACAGCCUGACAAACAUUUGGAAUCUGUUGCUCGCGUUCAAGAUCCAAUCAACCCGCCGCCGUUACCCCAGCUGGUUGAGCACGACGAUCUGGAAGAUGUCGACGACCUCGACGAAGAAAGUGAUGGUUCUGACGAUGAAAGUGAGAUUUCGGUUUCUGCUCUCAACGAUGAAUUAGACCGUGCUGAAUACGAGCCUUAUGAAGAUGAUGAACCUGGGCCCAUCUCCUUCACACCCGCAGAGGCGAAAGAACUCCGCGAUAGACUGCGUCGAGUCGGACCCAACAGAUUUAUCGAGCAAACAAUCACAUCUGGUACUGUCGGCAUAAGGAAACUCGUCACAGCUUUCGGAGUGAGGCCAGAUCUGCCAUACUCUACUACUUGGUACUAUCGGAUCCUCGGACUAUGUAUUCAGCGCGAGCUUAGAAGGCGGCAAAAGCUCACAGAGUACAAUACCAUUGACGACGCCGUCUCGCUGAUCCAAAAGUCAAACAAGAUUAUGGUAAUCACUGGAGCCGGUAUUUCGACCAGUCUCGGCAUUCCCGAUUUCAGAUCGACAAACAGUGGAUUCUACUCGAAACUUCGACUUCUCGGUCAUUCAAAUCCGGAGGAUGUUUUCGAUCUUGAAAACUUUGACGAGGAUCCCACAACCUUUUACACAUUGGCCAAGGAUAUUCUACCCAUGACUGGCAAGUGCUCACCCACUCACGCUUUCAUUCGUCUACUCCAAGACAAGCAAAAGUUACUCACCAACUACACCCAAAACAUCGACAAUAUUGAAGCUUACGCCGGCAUCGAGCCAGAAAAGCUGAUACAAUGUCAUGGCUCAUGGGCAACGGCAAGUUGUCGCAAAUGCAAAGUCGAAGUCCCAGGCGAAGCCAUCUUCGAAGAUGUCAGACAAUCACGAGUCUCUUAUUGCCAAGCAUGUCUGGACCGUAUUGAAACGUAUCCUCGCAAACGCAAGCGCACGUCCAACGGCAAGGUCAGGUCACGAUCAAGUCAUUCAGACUCUGAAGACGAUGGUCGUUACGAUGUUCCUCAACCUGGUGUGAUGAAGCCCAACAUUACAUUCUUUGGCGAAAAACUUCCCACCCGCUUCUUUGACAGACUAACCGAUCAUGACGCCGCGAUAGUAGAUCUAAUAAUCGUCAUUGGCACAUCCAUGAAAGUAGCUCCAGUCUCUGAAAUUCCAAACUACGUAGAUGAAAAGGUACCACAAAUCUACAUUUCCAAAGAAGCAGCCGACCACAUCAAUUUCGACAUUACACUUCUCGGUUACUGCGAUGAUGUAGUUGCCGAACUGGCCAAACGCGCAAGCUGGAAAAUUGAGCAUGAAAAUGUCAACAAAGAGGAGCUGGUCGCUACACCGGGUAUCAAGACUGGACAUUGGAAUAUUGGGCCUGCGACUACUGCUGCUGCGGCUACAGAACAGGAACUUUCUGUAGCUGUUGAGGAGUAGGGGUGCUAUAAUUAUCAUUCGCUGUGCUGGAAAGGCGCUAUACACGUGUUAGACUGCUCUUUUUUCUGCAUGCGCCUCUCAUUCCAGGGGAAAGCAGGGUUGGUGCUUGUCUUUUUUCUUUCUUGCUUCUAUUUUCUAUGGCUGUUUUUGUGGCUGUUCUGGAAAAGGUGUUUUACGGAAUCUGGGUUUCCAGUCGUUUAUACAUGGCUUGCAAAGGGUUGAAAUCCACGCAUACUAGCGCUAAGAAGCACGCUUCUUUAUAUAUUUAUCUAAUCAAGUUCGGUUGCGUGGAAAGUAACAAAGAUUCAUGAACUUUUCCUCCUCG